AUGAUCGAACUGCUGGCGGCCAGCUUCACAGGUGAUGCGUUUGCCUACGAGGUCCGUGACGAUCCAUCGACCGGCCCAACGCAGCAUGGAGAGCUCAUCCUGGCACUUGACCCCGAGGUGUGCUCACGCUCAGGUGGGCGUGCUGCCUUCCUGGACAGGGUAGAGGCUCUGCUGCAAAUGGUCGAGGCCGAAUGCAAAGAGGCUGAGGCCUCUGCAAGAGUUAUGCGGUUGCCAGCACAGCGGAGAUGGGAAGCUCGGAAGAGGACGCCUCAGGAGGGCUUCGACAUCGACAAGGAUUUGCUCGACAAGUGCAAGGCUUUGUGUGAGUGA